GCGGUGUCUCACCUGCCGACGGCCCGCGCGAUGCAUGUCGGGUAGUACACUGGGUUCUGGACAGAGACAUGACAUCUGGGCGAAAUCAACAACUUUGGCACCGUUUUACUCGCCCUUUUCAUCGUUUUCCAAGUAUGCGGACGACUCGAUUGUGUCCAUAAUAUUGUUCUGAACCAAGAAGCGGCCGAAUUCACGCACCGGAGGCGAUGACACUGAAGAAGAAAGAUUUUCAGAAGGCAGUGUCCUUCAUACAAGAGCUGCUCCUGAAGAUCAGUGAGGACCCUGAAUGUGCAGAGGUGCGGGACAGCCUGAACCUGGUUCUGGUGCACAUGCAGCGUUACUACCGCCUGCUGAGGCUCCGCAGGAAAGAUGGCGGACAGGUCAACCUCGCCGCGUCCAUGCCCCACGGAGGCAUCAGUCCCGCCGCCCCCGCUCACGACUUUCUGGACCAUUUCAGCUGGAGGUGGCAGAAUAUAGAACACAGCGUGCCUCUGAACGGGAGCCUUCCAAUUGACGGGAGGAAAGACUCCGGGAUUCCGCUGGUUCUUCAGGCAGUGAAGGAAGGGGACAAGGAGCUUGUUGCACAGCUCAUAGAGAAAGAUAAGAAGUGCCUGCGUCAGACAGACAGCCUGGGCAGGACCCCCCUGAUGUACGCCGUGUGUCAUAACCAGCCAGACUGUCUCAGCCUGCUGCUGGAGAAUAAAGCAGACCUGGAUGUACAGGCACAUGAUGGUAUGACAGCAGUUGCCAUGGCAGCAAACCUGGGCCACGCCCCUGCGGUGGAGCAGCUGGUGCAGCAGGGAGCCAACUGUGACCUGCAGGACAUCCAGGGCCGUGCUGCAGUUCACUGGGCAGCUGCUGGGGGGAGCAACGGGUGUCUGCAGUUACUGAUAGAAGGGAAAGCGAACCCCACGCUGCGUGACCGUGACGGCAUGAGCCCCUGCAUGUGGGCGUGUCGGGCAGACAUGAUCCACCACCUGGACAUGAUCCAGUCUGCCCCGACCUUUGACACAGAGGAGGAUGAUGGGAUAGAGCGGGACAUGGCGGGGAGGACGUGGACCCACUGGGCAGUCAGGAAGACAGAACCACUGCAAGUUCUACAUACCUUACUGAAGAACCACAACAUGGCAGCUAUAGUCGACAACGAGGGCAAAUCAGCCUUCCUCGUGGCAGCUGAACAGGGUGCCAUGCCAGCCUGUAAGUUGAUGCUGUCUGAGUUGGGACAGGACUGUCUGGAUGACAGAGAUGAUGAGAAGAGGACGUGUUUACAUCUCGCCACCAUCUGUGGCCAUGGAGAGGUCGUCAACUUCUUCCUGGAGAACGGAGCCAACCUCCAGGCGACAGACUGUCACGGCGCCACAGCGUGGGAUUACGCGGAGAACCGACAGCUGCACUACUGCAUGCUGGUCCUGGAGGCGCACCAGAGACAGCAGCUGCAGGAGUCCGGACACCUCCCCCCCUCCCAUCACAGCAGGAACACCCCCCAGGGUCAGACACACCCACCGCACCCCCCUCCAACACCCCCCAGCAGGGCGUCCAAGAGACAGAAGAACGAACCUCACAAACAGCAAAACCACAGUGCAAUAGAACCAAUGGAAGAGGAUGAUCAGGAGAGCAGGCAGGGAGAACAGCUGCAGUCCCAGCUGAGUGGACAGGGGGAGCUGGUGCAAUCUAUGGACAGAAUGGAUGUCGGUCAAAACAACAAAGUUGCUGAUCGGUCCAGGAGUAACAGUGACGUGAACAGUGACCAGAGUCUGAGUGUGGGGAUGAGCGUGUCAGACAUCGAUGGGGAGGGGCCAGAUACGGAGGAAGGGCAGGGCAGGCCUGUGCAAUCUCCCCGAGGACCAGGUAUUCAGCAGCAACAACAUGUGAACCACGUACCUCAUCCCCCAGCGCGGGGCCAGGCACCCCCACCUAACAAUCAACAGAUGAUGCAAUACUAUGACAGCUACCCACCUCAGGAGAUGUACCCACAGGAGUACCCCCCUCUCCAGGUCCCCACCGGCCCCCUGCCUGUCCCCCACCCCCUCCAACCUCCCCAGCCCACCACCUCCAACCCCCCGAACCCCAGCAGAGACGAAAUCCCCCUCCCGCCCAGCUGGCCCCCCUGGGACCACUCCAGCCGGUGGAGAAACAGAAGAAGAAGAAGAAGAAAGGCAGCAAGGCUGAGAAGGAGUCUGUCCCCGCACCUCUCAGGCCUAACAGACCAGCCAGUCACACCAUAGGGGAAGGAAGAGGACCAGAAGACCAUGGCCAUGAGAUGCCAGCCUGGGAGAUCGAGCGGCCCAGUGCCCCUGUUCCUCCCCCCUCCCCCCGGGCAGCGUUCGGUAGCAGCCCUCCCCCACCUAAACACA